AUGGCGGCUGGUCUUUCUUGGUCAACGAAGAUCUGUUUCCUGUACAUUUCUUUAUCAAUCUCCUUCUUCAUCAUCAUUAGUACAGACGCUAAAAACACAUUAGGCCCUAAUCAACUCUUAAUGAACGGAGAAACUUUAAUCUCCGCCAACCAGAGAUUCCAGCUGGGUUUCUUCAACCCUUCUCCGACGACAGACCCCAAUCUCUACUUGGCCAUAUGGUACAACGGAAUCCAACCGUUAACGGCCGUUUGGGUCGCUAACAGAGCCAAGCCCCUGCGGGGAAACGCCGUUAGACUCCACAUGAACUCACGUGGAGAUCUCUUCAUCGGCGACGAUCAAGGAAACACCAUCUGCCUCUCCAGAUCAUCAAACGCGCCGCCUGCAGCUUCUGUAUCCAGUCCUUCACUUAUCCUCCUCGAUUCAGGCAAUCUCGUAAUUGUUUCAGACAGCAACAAAACCACCUACGUUUGGCAGAGCUUCGAUUCUCCUUCCGACACAAUGCUGCCGGGAAUGAAACUCGGGUGGGACCUGAAAUCCAAAACGGACAGGGUUCUUACAUCGUGGCUGACAUCGAACGAUCCCUUUUCCGGUGACUUCGUUUUCCGAGUUGAGUCGCACGACUCGCCUCAGUUGAUUCUUCAAAAAAACGGCGUGACCGAGUCGAGAUGGGGUCCGUGGAACGGGCAGAGAUUCAGCGGUGCGAGUAAUUUAAACGACAACCCAGUGUUCAAAAUUGUCUACCAUUACAGCCCGGAAGAGGUUUAUUUCACAUUCGAAAUGUCGGAUCUUUCGGUUUUACUGAGGCUGGUGGUGAGUUCAGUGGGAUCCGUACAGUUCUUGAAAUGGAAAAGCACUUCUAGGGUUUGGGUUCCGAUGGUGACCCUGAAUAAGGACACCUGCGACAGAUACGGGCCUUGCGGGCCCUACGGAAUCUGCUAUGCUGACGGUCCAGGCUGUCAUUGUCUGAAGGGGUUUAGAGCGAAUUCGCCGCAAGAUUGGAAUCGGUUGGAUUGUACGGAUGGAUGCAGGAGAAGGAAUGCCUUGAAUUGCAGUGAUGGCGGUGGUGAUGGUUUUGUUAAGUACAGUGGGAUUAAAUUGCCGGACAAUUUCACGGUUCGGCCCGGAUUGAGCCCGAAGAAAUGCGAGGGGUCUUGUUUGAAGGAUUGCAGUUGCAUGGCCUACGCUAACAUCGAUAUGUAUGCGAAUGGCAGCGUUUGCCUCGUGUGGUUGGAUGAAUUGGUCGAUAUUAGGGACUCUUAUAAAGAUGGGGACGAGCUUUAUAUUCGUAUGGCACGUGUCGAAUUAGGUACAAUCUCGAUCUUCUUCAUUAAAUUAUUGAACGAGCUUCGCUAUAAUGAUUGCAUAUUAUUUGUCGUGACGUUAUUUAAUCACCUCCUUUCGGCAGUAGUGUUUGGAGCAGCGUUAUGGUGCGGCACAAGCAGAUAUAGAUCCUAUUCGAAGAAGAAAAAGGAGCAAGGUAAGAAUGACGAAAUGUUCGAUGAUGUUCAGUUAUACGACAUGAAGACCGUUUCUGCGGCUACGGAUAAUUUUUCGGCAGCGAAUAAGAUCGGCGAAGGAGGGUUUGGUCCUGUUUAUCAGGGUGAACUAAAAACCGGAGAAAAAAUAGCUGUGAAGAGGCUGUCGGAACAUUCGAAUCAAGGGCUCGCCGAAUUCAAGAAUGAAGUGCACAUGAUUGUACAGCUUCAACACCGUAAUCUCGUUAAGCUUUUGGGUUGCUGUAUUCAUCGAGACGAAAGAAUGCUCAUCUACGAGUACAUGCCUAAUAAGAGCCUCGACCAAUUCCUUUUCGAUCCAGCUAAAAAGAGGCUCCUGCAAAUGGAAAUGCGAAUAACUAUUCUUAAAGGGAUAGCUAGGGCAUUAGAAUAUCUCCAUUUCGGUUCGAGAUUGAGAGUGAUUCAUCGCGACCUAAAGGCGAGUAAUAUUCUGCUGGACGAUGCGAUGGUUCCGAGAAUAUCCGAUUUCGGUUUGGCAAGAAACUCCGAAAACGAACAUGCGGAAGUUACGAGAAGAGUCAUCGGCACACAUGGUUAUAUGUCACCGGAGUAUGUGAUGGACGGCUAUUACUCGACGAAAUCCGACAUCUUCAGCUUCGGUGUUCUUGCAUUGGAGAUGAUAAGCGGACAAAAGAAUUGGGGCUUUCAUCACCCCGACCACGAUUUUAAUCUUAUAGGCCAUGCAUGGAAGCUAUGGAAGGAUGGAAAGGAUUUGGAGUUGAUAGAGCCAGUUCUAGAACAAGCAUAUGAGGAGACAGAAGUUUCUAGAUGCAUUCAAGUUGGGCUGCUGUGCGUGCAACAAAUCACCGACGAAAGACCGGUGAUGUCACAGGUGGUUUCGAUGUUAGAGAAUGACAAGAUAAAAAUACCCGAGCCUAAAGAACCUGGAUUUUUCACACCAAGAUCUAGACGGCCGCCUCCAGGAAUUGGUUCGGCUAUGGCCUGGACAAGUUACUCCGUUAAUGGGUUGACGCUUACGGAUUUAACGGCGAGGACUUAG